AUGGCUAGAUUACACUCAUCCGGUAAAGGUAUUUCUUCUUCUGCUACCCCAUACUCUAGAAACGCUCCAUCAUGGUUCAAAUUAACUUCUGAUGAAGUUGUUGAACAAGUUAUCAAGUACGCCAGAAAAGGUUUCACUCCAUCUCAAAUUGGUGUCUUAUUAAGAGAUGCUCACGGUGUUUCCCAAACUAAAGUUGUUUCCGGUAACAAGAUUUUAAGAAUCUUAAAAUCUAACGGUUUAGCUCCAGAAAUCCCAGAAGAUUUAUACUUUUUAAUUAAAAAGGCUGUUUCCGUCAGAAAACACUUGGAAAGAAACAGAAAAGAUAAAGAUUCUAAAUUCAGAUUAAUUUUAAUCGAAUCCAGAAUUCACAGAUUAGCUAGAUACUACAGAACCGUUGCUGUCUUACCUCCAAACUGGAAAUACGAAUCUGCUACUGCUUCUGCUUUAGUUAACUAG